AUGACUGUCUCCGGCCCUGAGCCUACAGAGCAGCAGGCUGCCCCGCGACGCCGCCAGAGGCGGACUCAGGUCGCUAGAGCCUGCGAUGGAUGCCGGAUUCGCCGCAUCAAAUGCGAUAACAAAGUGCCGUGCUCCAACUGUCUGGGAAAAGCCAAAAUCUGCAGCAAUAGUGGCGCGCCCCCAGCAUCGACUCUCACCCAGGCGCAUGAAGAGAUUGGAUGGCUGAAGCAAAAAGUUCAGCAGCUAGAAGCUGAGCUCGAGCAACGGUCAAACGGGGCCGCUAAUAUGCCGACGCCGACACACUCGUUGUCAUCGCCUGCCCAACAGGUUCAUCAUGUACCUACAGGGAAUUAUGCCGAGUAUGGAAGUUCGAAAGAGUACUCGGUAGGCAGAGGAGUACGGCUUCGCCCCGCGCGUUCCAUGAAUGAUGCAUGGUUCGGUGCAUCGUCGCUGUUUUCUUUCCUCCAGCGUCUUAGUGUGUUUUUAAGUAUAAAUCUCCAGCAAACACACUCUACGCACAACCUUCUUCCCAUAUCAGCAAGUGACAAUAAACUACUCGACAGACCACUGGCGGGCUCGGACGGAGACCCGGUUCGCCGGCUCAUGUCCUCCACGGGAGAAUUCCCCACGACGGGCGUGUAUCUGAGUCCCACACAGGAAGAAUAUUUCCUCGAUUUCUUCUGGCAGACAUACCAUACCACAUUGUCUCCGAUUUUGAACGAGGCUCAGUUCAAGAAACAUUACCAGUCCCUAUGGAUGGAUGGCGGCAAAGAGCGAAGGCCCUCAGCGCUUGUCGAUAUUGUUAUUGCGAUGUGUAUGCAAUAUGUCAUCUCAACGCUGCAUUGUGAUGCCCAAGGGCUUCUUGUAGAAGGCAAGGACGCCUUGGUGGCUGGCCGGUGGCAUUAUUGGCGGGGACAAACGUUGUUAACAUACGAGCUUGAAAGUCCAUCUAUAACGACGCUGCAAUGUCAUAUCCUCUGCGGGGUAUACUUGUGCGGCGGUUCCUUUCAUAACAUGAUGGAUACAUCUGUCACUCUCGCUGUGCGCACCGCAUAUAUCCUCGGUCUCCAUGCGGAUCCUCCACCGGAUAUGUCGGACGAAGACGUCGAAAUGCGAAGACGCUUGUGGUGGGCCGUCUACCUCAUGGAUAGUAAAUCCGGGAUGAAGCUUGGCCGUCCCUUCGCGCUGCAAGACUCUAGCGUCAUGCCAUCACUACCUGGCGAUACUCUCGAGGCUGCGCGGGUUUCGGGAUCUACUUUUGCCCCUAUCGGUAACAAUGCUACCUGGUUGAGCUUUAAUCUGUACCAGACAAAACUUUACAUCAAAAUUCGUGCAGCCUAUACACAUUUCUACCACACAGAUCUCCAUCUGGAGAAUGACCAGAGUAUAUGGGACGACUCUCGCGCCCUCCAGGUGGGUGCUGAGAUCUUGGAUUCGCACAACCAGAGCUUUCAAGAGUGGACUGACGAGGUCCCUGAAGCUCUCAGGCUGAAGCGCCAGGAGAAUGGAAGACCUCUUUCUGUGGAUGGCACGCGUCUGUCAAUGGAGCAAUUUGCGCCGCUUUGGCUGCAGCGGCAGCGCGUCAUUCUUGAACUCACUUACCACCACCUAAUCGUUAAUCUAUACCGGCCCCUGAUCUCCUUUUCCGCCAGUCCACCGCCCGAGACACCUGCGGCAGAGGUCGCCAUGCGUUGCGCUGCGCACGCGAUAAUGCUGACAAAGAUCACACAGCAGGUGCUUACAGAGACCUCGAUUCUCGACGGCUGGCACGAGGCGUUUCACUGGCAGUGGAAUGCAGCCAUGACGCUGAUUGGAUUCAUCAUGGUGUUUCCGAAUGCACAUUUGACGGCAGAAGCCCACACAGCGAUCGAGCUGGCUGUCUCUGUGUUUGAUAACUUUGGCGCCAAAUUUUCGGUUGCAGCGAAUGCGGCCAGCAUUGUGCGUGAUUUACGCAUCAAGGUCGAGUUUCUCGCUAGGCAUAAAGUGGAAGACACUGAAUCGGCUCAGAAUUUACAACACAACUCGACGUUCAAUGAUAUUCCUGUCUCGGGGGAUUUCACAAUGCCCGACUUGAUGAAUGGAUCCGAGUUGAACUUGUUCGACAUGGCUGUGGAUAUUGAUUUUUGGAGCGAUUUUGAUACGCUGUGGCCGGAAAUUGACAAUCUGCCGCAGGAUGUACAAGUCGACAAUAGCCACAGCGUUGAAAAUAUGCGGGGUCUGUGUUAA